AUGAAGAACGACGCCGACAUCCCUACCGAGCCCCUGCUACCACCAGCGAUAGGACAUGCCGGAUAUCAAGGCCUCAAUCCCCGCAUCGAGAUUCUCCGCCAAGGCGACCGUCCAUUCAGUGCUCGAGCCCUGCCCUGUGAUAUCCUCGUUGAGCAUGAUGUCGCCAUACAAAUGCGAGACGGUGUGAAAUUGUACGCCGACAUCUAUCGCCCGACUGCAACGCACGACCGAGUACCGGCCAUCCUGUCCUGGAGCCCCUUUGGAAAGAAGUUCAACGGCAUCCAAUGCCUUCGACUAAUCACUCCGUGGAAUCUCGGGAUCCCACCUGACGCUUUGAGUGGCUUGGAGAAAUUCGAAGGCCUUGAUCCGGCGGAGUGGGUCGACAAAGGCUAUGCGAUUGCAAAUGUCGACUCGCGCGGAGCCUUCGAUUCCGAGGGCCGCAUGGUGAUCAUGGGCACCCAGGAGGCCGAAGAUGGCUUCGACACCAUUGAAGACCUGGCGUCGCGCGAGUGGUGUAACGGGAUGAUCGGCAUGGCUGGUAAUUCGCACUUAGCUAUCGUGCAAUGGUUCAUUGCCGCGCUUCAGCCACCAUCAUUGAAGGCAAUCGCGCCCUGGGAGGGCUGUGGCGACCUAUACCGGGAGCAAUUUGCUCGAGGGGGGAUCUACGGCGGAGAUAUGUUCGACCAGCUGAUCGUGAAACAUAUGCUACGGGGGCAUUCCGGCAUGGAGAGCUUCCGGCAUGCAUACGAGACAUCUCCCUUGAUGAAUUCAUGGUGGGCAGAUAAACGGCCGCAGAUGUCAAAUAUCAACACCCCCACAUACAUCACCGGAACCUGGACUAAUUCCAUGCACGGAAUGGGCGCCAUCCGGGGAUGGAUGGAAAUCACCAAGACGGACGAUAAGUGGCUGCGAUUCCAUCCAUACCAAGAAUGGCACGAUCUGUGGGCCAACAAGCAAGCCCAGGAGGAGCUACUCCGAUUUUUCGAUCGCUAUUUGAAGCUCCAGCAGAACGGAUGGGAAUCGACGCCGCGCCUGCGACUGGCGGUUCUGCGGUAUGAAACCGCACCGCCACUGGUGAACGUCGUGCAUGACGACUUUCCCAUCCCCCAGACGAUCUACCGCAAGGCAUACCUGCGCCAUGGGGGGUUGCUCUCACUCGACGAACUCGUUCCGUCUCAGGGCGUCGUCGGAGAAGUAUCGUAUGAUUCCCAGGACCGUUCCGACUUCGUCUCGUUUACGUAUUUAUUCCCACAGACAACGCAGCUUGUGGGAAUCGCUAAAGCCGUGUUGUACAUGUCCUGCCCUGCAACCGAUGAUCUGGAUAUUCAUAUCAUCCUCUGCAAGAUUUCCUCGGACGGAAAGGAACAGAGGAGCCUGAACAUUCCCUGGGAUAAUAUUCCUGUCUCAUCCAUCGAUGAGAUCCCAGACGAAAAUCAGUCAGAACUUAUCCUUUAUAAAGGCCCGGCGGGCGUUCUUCGCGCCUCACACCGGGAAGUGGAUGUCUCAAAAUCGCUUCACGAGAAUUGGCCUUUCCACCCUCAUCGGAAGGAACAGAAAAUUCCUCCCGGGCAAGUCACACGGCUUGAGAUCGGGAUAUGGGCAAUGGGCGUUGAGUAUGCCGCUGGCGAAAGCAUCCAGCUCCAGAUUAGUGGUCACUAUCGGGGAAUGACAGAUUUUAAAGGGCAGGAGUCAUCAGUGAACAAGGGAAAACACGUGGUGCAUUUUGGUGGGGGGUACGAUAGUCAUCUUGUCCUUCCAUUUUUAACUUAG